AUGGCUAGUAGUGUCGUUAAUAUUAUUGGAGCAUCGUGUAAGCGUCGUGAUACACUUAGAGAGCAACAACAAAAAGAUAUUAUGAAAGCCCUUGAAAUUGAUGAUCUUGAAACAGGGCGAGGGUUAAAUCAAGAGACUACUCUCAAGCGUCCUUAUGAUACACGUUGGAACUCACAUUAUGAUACUUUACUUAGUAUUAAUACUAUGUUUCAUCCGGUGGUGAAGGUGCUUGAAUGGAUUGUUGAUGAUGUCAACCAAGAUAAUUUAGGUGAAGCAAAUAGGUUGUUGAAAGAAAUACAAACUUUUGACUUUGUGUUUCACUUAUAUUUGAUAAGAUUUAUAUUGGGAAUUACAAAUGAUUUGUCGAAGGCAUUACAAAAGAAAGAUCAAGAUAUUGUGAAUGUGAUGAUGUUGGUCCAAAGAUGUAAGCAAAAGCUACAAUCCGUGAGGGAUGAUGACUUUGAUGAUUUUCUUGGCCAAGUAUCAAUGUUUUGCGGCAAAAAUGAUAUUGACGUUCCUAAUAUGGAUGAUUUAUUUGUACCACAAGGGAGAUCAAGACGUAAAGCUCAGAAAAUCACAAACCGCCAUUAUUAUCGUGUGGACCUAUUUCUUACUAUCAUUGAUAAGCAACUAGUGGAAUUGAAUAAUCGCUUCACUGAGCUUGAAGAUCAACUUGGGCUUUAUAUUGUUGAAAUGGAUAGCAGCACAGAGUUUUCAUCAUUGAACGGAAUUACUGAUCUGGCAGAAAAAUUGGUGAAUACAGGAAUGAAUAGAAUAUAUAACUAUGUGUAUUUACUUCUUACAUUAGCUUUAGUUUUACCCGUUGCAACUGCUUCGGUUGAGAGAGCUUUUUCAGCUAUGAAUAUUGUGAAAACACCAUUGCGUAACAAAAUGGGAAAUCAAUAG